GCUGUAUCAGUAUCUCGAAGUCAUAGCUUGAGCAGGACGACGACAAUACGCUAGGUUAAGAGCUGCAUCUGUGUGGUACCCAUUGAGGCCGUCUUCAGCGAUGCGAAGACAACCGUACAAGCCACCACCUACCCACGCUCUCCGCUGCAACGAGCUUAAGAACAUCGAUACGUGAUUUUUCUUCCCUGUGAAAUGUACGUCACCGUCCUAUGAUACAAUGAGGUCGAUGAGUAAAACUUCAGGGGAGCAUUUGAUUAACGGAAUGCGCUAUUUUCUGUACCGUACAGAUUGAUUCACAUCCAAUACCAGCGAUGUUCUUCUCAGCCUGCAUCUCCGGUUACAAUUCUUCACGAACUACCCGACCAGCUGCACGCUCGGGAAAUCAAGAAAGCGCCAUGCUUGAGUAUCAUGAGAAACUAGUGAGUCCCUGUAAUUUUAUCUCCUAGAAGAUAGACGCCGCCGAGUAGGUUGUAUGUGCCAUGUUCGUUGUGAGACCAUGACAAGAACUGUGUGUGUGAAGGAUCCAGCCCUCGCCACGCACGCCCUCGACACUCGAAUUCAUUCAGCGUACGGUGUAUGCCAAGUGUCGGACCUGUGUCAAUCAACCAGUAAUUCUGCGCUGCAUUGCGUGAGGAAGCCUCACGGACGUGGCUCAGAGCCUUAGACAC